AUGCAGCUACGGUCGUCAAUACUGGCCUCUGCGGCCCUUGUGCUCUCGAGCAGCUUCGCUACUGCGGCUAGCGAUGCUCAGACUCCGCUCGUCGGCCCGGACCGGGAUCCCAUUUCAUCAUCCUCCCGACCAAACAUCGUCUUUGUUCUUACCGAUGACCAAGAUCUUCACAUGAACUCUCUCGAGUACAUACCUCUCAUUCAAAAGCGCCUCAUUGAGCAGGGAACUCUCUAUAAGAAGCAUUUCUGCACUACUGCUGUCUGCUGCCCAUCACGAGCUAGUCUUUGGACCGGCAAGUUGGCUCACAACACCAAUGUGACGGAUCUCAAUCCUCCCUAUGGCGGAUUCCCGAUUUUCGUGAAGAAUGGUCACAAUGAGAAUUACCUGCCGAUCUGGCUGCAAGAUGUGGGAUACAGUACUUUCUACACUGGAAAGAUGUUUAACGCUCAUACUGUUUGGAACUACGACAGUCCUCACCUGAAGGGUUGGAAUGGAUCCGAUUUCCUCCUUGAUCCUAACACCUACGACUACUGGAAUGCCACAUUCCAACGCAACAAGGACAAGCCAGUCAACCACCUAGGCGAAUAUUCAACCGACCUCGUUGCUCAGAAGGCAUAUGACUUUCUCGAUGAUGCUGUUGAAGCUGGCAAGCCUUUCUUCCUGGCCGUAGCUCCCAUCGCCCCACACAGCAACGUGAACUCUAGCGUCCUUCUUCCCGUAAAGGGACCGGACGACGACGUUCCCGUUUCCGACGACAAGUUCAGGACCAGUAUUCCAAAGGCUGCCAAGAGACACGAGAAGCUUUUCCCCGACGCCAAGGUGCCGCGUACGGAAAACUUCAACCCGGACAAGCCGUCCGGCGCUGAUUGGAUUCGUCGCCAGCCUAAGCUGAGUGAUGAGAAUGUGGAAUACAACGAUGAGCACUACCGAGGUCGUCUUCGUGCGCUCCAGGCUGUGGACGAGCUUGUUGAUGGACUCAUCGACAAGCUCGAAAAGCACGGCUUGCUGGACAAUACCUACAUCUUUUACACAACUGACAACGGAUACCACAUUAGCCAGCACCGGCUGCAGCCCGGAAAGGAAUGUGGUUAUGAGACGGACAUCAAUAUUCCGCUGAUUAUUCGUGGCCCCGGAGUGCCAAAGGGAGGUGUCACGGAAGCCGUCACAGCUCAUGUCGAUCUCGUACCCACAAUCUUGUCACUGGCAGGCGCGCCUCUCCGCGCAGACUUUGACGGAGCUCCCAUCCCAUUGUCGACGAAGGAGCUUGCAGAGUCUCCCUUGACCCGCGAGCACGUUAACGUUGAGUACUGGGGAUGGGCCAUCACCGAGAGCAAGUUCGGUUUCAACGGCGAUGACACCAAGCGGAUCUUCAACAACACCUACAAGGCUUUGCGUGUUGUUGGCGAGGGUUACAAUCUCUACUAUUCUGUAUGGUGCACCAAUGAGCACGAGCUCUAUGAUAUGACUACUGAUCCUGGUCAGCUGCAUAACCUCUUACACGACGAUGAAGCUGCCCUUGCAGCACGUGCCACGGUGCUAGGAUACCCUCUCAAGAAGCUCAUCCCAAGGCUUGAUUCUCUUCUCUUCGUUCUCAAGUCGUGCAAGGGUUCAACAUGCUCCCAGCCGUGGAGAGCACUUCACCCCCAGGGUAACGUUGCUAGCCUUCGAGAAGCCUUGUCGCCGAGGUUCGACGAAUUUUACAUUCAGCAGGCGCGUGUUGAGUUUGAUCGUUGUGAACUGGGUCACAUUGUUGACGCCGAAGGACCCCAAUUUGAACACGAAGGGAACGUCUACUGGCAGGGAACCAAGUGGAGUGAUUGGACGUGA